AUGCCGCCGCGCUCGUACCAGCUCCUCCUCGUAGUCGUCGUGGAGCUUGCCUGCGUAGCCGCCGCCGCCAGCAGCGAGGACGAGAGGUAUGCCGCCUGCGCCGCGGCGAACCGCACGGACGCGGCCCCGCUCCGUGCGGACCGCCUCACGGUGAUCCUCGCGGGCUACUCGGAGCGUCGCCUCCCGCUGCUCCGCGCCAUCGCGGGUGCCUACGCCGCACACCCGCUGGUCCUGGCCGUGGUCGUGCUCUGGUGCAACCCCUCCACGCCGGACCGCCGCCUCCUCCGCGGCCGCGGCGGGAUCGGGUUCCCGCCCCGCGUCGCAGUCCGCCGCGCCGCCUCGGCGUCCCUCAACUCGCGCUUCCUCCCGCGGCCCUCCGACGUGCGCACCGCGGCCGUGGCCGUGGGCGACGACGACGUGCUCCCCGACGCGGCGGCGCUGUCCUUCGCCUUCGCCACCUGGCAGCAGCACCAGCACCAGCACCAGCACCAGCGGCCGGGGCCCCUGGUCGGCUUCUUCCCGCGGUCGCACCACCUGGACCUGGCCCGCGGGAGGUGGGCGUACACGGCGGCGCAGCUGGGGCGGUACUCCAUGGUGCUGACCAAGCUGAUGCUCCUCGGGUCCGACCUCCUGCGCGCGUACUCCUGCUCGCCGGAGCUGGCGCCCGCGCGCGCCGUGGUGGACCGUGAGCGCAACUGCGAGGACAUCCUCAUGAACUUCGUCGCCGCCGAGGCGACCGGCGCCGGGCCCGUGCUCGUGGAGGCCGGCGGCGUCAGGGACUGGGGCGACCCCAGGAACGACGCCGGCGCCGGCGAGGGGCCUCGAGGCGGGGUCAGGGACGUGGGGCUCAGCGCCACGGGCGGGCUGGGCCACUGGGAGAAGAGAGGGCGCUGCAUCACCGAGUUCCACCGCCUGCUGGGAAGGAUGCCGCUGCGGUACAGCUACGGCAAGGUCGUGCAGGCCACCGCCGGCGAGCAGGGCCUCUGCAGCAAACGCGGCCGCCUCGUCCGCUGCGACCACGAGUAG